GCGGCGGCCCCAGCGAGGGGCUCUGCGCUCCGCUCCGCGCUCCGCCGCCUCCAUGGAGCGCCGGCCGCGCCGCCUCUGAUGCCCGGCCCGGCGCGCACCAUGGGGCCGCUGUGGCUCUGCUGCCUGCCCCUCGCCCUCCUGCCCCUGCUCGCCGCCGUGGAAGAGACACUGAUGGACUCCACCACGGCGACAGCAGAGCUGGGCUGGACCGUGCAUCCUCCAUCAGGGUGGGAAGAGGUGAGUGGGUACGAUGAGAACAUGAACACGAUCCGCACCUACCAGGUGUGCAACGUCUUUGAAUCCAGCCAGAACAACUGGCUCCGGACCAAGUACAUCCGGAGGCGAGGAGCACACCGCAUCCACGUGGAGAUGAAAUUUUCUGUCCGGGACUGCAGCAGCAUCCCCAAUGUCCCAGGCUCCUGUAAGGAGACUUUUAACCUCUACUAUUUUGAGUCGGACUUUGACUCGGCCACCAAGACUUUCCCCAACUGGAUGGAGAAUCCUUGGAUGAAGGUGGACACAAUUGCUGCUGAUGAGAGCUUCUCACAGGUGGACUUAGGUGGACGGGUGAUGAAGAUCAACACUGAGGUGCGCAGUUUUGGGCCUGUCUCCAAGAAUGGUUUCUACCUGGCCUUCCAGGACUACGGGGGCUGCAUGUCCCUGAUUGCCGUCCGUGUCUUCUACCGCAAAUGUCCCCGUGUGAUCCAGAACGGGGCCGUCUUCCAAGAAACGCUGUCGGGAGCAGAGAGCACCUCGCUGGUGGCAGCCAGGGGCACGUGCAUCGCCAAUGCCGAGGAGGUGGACGUGCCCAUCAAGCUGUACUGCAACGGGGACGGCGAGUGGCUGGUGCCCAUCGGCCGCUGCAUGUGCCGGGCCGGCUACGAGUCGGUGGAGAACGGGACCGUCUGCAGAGGCUGCCCCUCGGGAACAUUCAAGGCCAGCCAGGGGGAUGAAGGGUGUGUCCACUGCCCCAUCAACAGCCGGACAACCUCGGAAGGGGCCACAAACUGCGUGUGCCGAAAUGGAUAUUACCGGGCAGACGCCGACCCUGUGGACAUGCCAUGCACCACCAUCCCGUCCGCCCCCCAGGCCGUGAUCUCCAGCGUGAACGAGACGUCGCUGAUGCUGGAGUGGAGCCCGCCGCGGGACUCGGGGGGCCGGGAGGACCUGGUGUACAACAUCAUCUGCAAGAGCUGCGGGGCGGGCCGCGGGGCCUGCACGCGCUGCGGGGACAACGUGCAGUUCGCCCCGCGCCAGCUGGGCCUCACCGAGCCCCGCAUCUACAUCAGCGACCUGCUGGCACACACGCAGUACACCUUCGAGAUCCAGGCCGUCAACGGCGUCACCGACCAGAGCCCCUUCUCCCCGCAGUUCGCCUCCGUCAACAUCACCACCAACCAGGCCGCCCCUUCUGCUGUGUCCAUCAUGCACCAGGUGAGCCGCACCGUGGACAGCAUCACCCUGUCCUGGUCCCAGCCCGACCAGCCCAAUGGAGUCAUCCUGGACUAUGAGCUGCAGUAUUACGAGAAGGAUCUGAGCGAGUUGAACUCCACCACAGUGAAGAGCCCCACCAACACGGUGGCAGUGCAGAACCUCAAGGCUGGCACCAUCUACGUGUUCCAGGUGCGGGCGCGCACCGUGGCCGGCUACGGCCGCUACAGUGGCAAGAUGUAUUUCCAGACCAUGACCGAAGCCGAGUACCAGACCAGCGUGCAGGAGAAGCUGCCGCUCAUCGUCGGCUCCUCGGCGGCAGGGCUGGUGUUCCUCAUCGCCGUGGUGGUCAUCGGCAUCGUGUGCAGCAGAAGACGGGGCUUCGAGCGGGCUGACUCCGAGUACACGGACAAGCUGCAGCACUACACCAGUGGCCACAUGACUCCAGGGAUGAAGAUUUAUAUUGAUCCUUUCACCUACGAAGAUCCCAAUGAGGCUGUCAGGGAAUUUGCAAAAGAAAUCGAUAUCUCUUGUGUCAAAAUUGAGCAGGUGAUUGGGGCAGGGGAGUUUGGUGAGGUGUGCAGUGGGCAUCUCAAGCUUCCAGGCAAAAGAGAGAUCUUUGUGGCCAUCAAGACCCUCAAAUCUGGCUACACGGAGAAGCAGAGGCGAGACUUCCUGAGUGAGGCCAGCAUCAUGGGGCAGUUCGACCACCCCAACGUCAUCCACCUGGAGGGGGUGGUCACCAAGAGCUCUCCAGUCAUGAUCAUCACUGAGUUCAUGGAGAAUGGCUCACUGGACUCCUUCCUGCGGCAAAACGAUGGGCAGUUCACGGUGAUCCAGCUGGUGGGGAUGCUGCGGGGCAUCGCCGCGGGCAUGAAGUACCUGGCGGACAUGAACUACGUGCACCGGGACCUGGCCGCCCGCAACAUCCUGGUCAACAGCAACCUGGUGUGCAAGGUGUCCGACUUCGGCCUCUCCCGCUUCCUGGAGGACGACACCUCCGACCCCACCUACACCAGCGCCCUGGGGGGGAAGAUCCCGAUCCGGUGGACGGCGCCUGAGGCCAUUCAGUACCGAAAGUUCACCUCGGCCAGCGACGUGUGGAGCUAUGGAAUAGUCAUGUGGGAGGUGAUGUCCUACGGAGAGCGGCCCUACUGGGACAUGACCAACCAGGAUGUGAUAAAUGCCAUCGAGCAGGACUAUCGGCUGCCACCACCCAUGGACUGCCCAAAUGCCCUUCACCAGCUGAUGCUUGACUGUUGGCAGAAGGAUCGGAACCACAGGCCCAAAUUUGGGCAAAUUGUCAACACCUUGGAUAAAAUGAUCCGAAAUCCCAACAGCCUGAAAGCCAUGGCACCUCUCUCCUCUGGGAUGAACCUCCCCCUCCUUGACCGCACAAUCCCGGAUUACACCAGCUUCAACACUGUGGAUGAAUGGCUGGAUGCCAUCAAGAUGAGCCAGUACAAGGAGAGCUUUGCCAGUGCUGGCUUCACCACUUUUGAUGUAGUAUCUCAGAUGACUGUAGAGGACAUUCUGCGAGUCGGGGUCACUUUAGCAGGACACCAGAAGAAAAUUCUGAACAGUAUCCAGGUGAUGAGAGCACAGAUGAACCAAAUCCAGUCUGUGGAGGUUUGAUAGCUGCCUGUCCUCCUGCUCCUCCUCCUCGAGGCCCUGCUCCCCUUUGCCCCUGUGUGUCCAAGCUCCAGUUCCUGAGUGUUCUGCAUGGACCAGAGGCAGGCAGCUGCUCUGAGGAUCACAGCAGCAGGAGGGAACACCCUGUCCUCAGCAAUGAGAAGUUGCCAAGAGCUUCUAGAAUUUAAGCAAUGGAAAAAGGGAACAAAAAAAAAAAAAAAAAAAGGACAACUAUUUUGAAAAAAAAAAAACAAACGAACAAACUACAAAAUAUUUUUAAAUAAUAAUAAAGCAAUUGCAUUCUUGAAAAGGGCUCCAAGACCAAUGGGAGUCUCCAAAGGAAGAGAAAAGAGCAGCUUCAUGUUUCCUCUUGCACAAGGCUGCUGCAGCUGGACCCAGGCACCUCUGGAGCAGUGGGACUUCCCCAGGAAGAGGAAUGCAAGGAGAGGCCACGAGAAGCACAUCUCUUCCUCCCAUGGGCUCUGGGAAUGCCAUGAGCCAGGCCCCUCCCCAGAGCCCCUGUCAGCACAUCAGACAGGGAGAGCUGAAGCUCUUUGGUGCUGUGAAACCAAGUGCAUCUCAGAAACUGAUGGACUCCUUCAAAAGCUGAAGACUUCUUUUUUUUAAAAAAAAAAACAACAAAAAACACAACAAAUAAACUAAGACUAGAGGAGGCUGUUUCCAACAAAUGAGAAGGAAUCUGUAAUGCCUGGGGGGGUGGGGAUGGGGAAAACCAAUCCUUUUUACAUCUCUUAUUUUCUCUUGUCAUGGAACAGUUUUGUGAGUGACAGUUUCCUAAGGGUCCGUCCAUCCACCCUCCAAUGGCAUCAUGUCUCAUACAUAUCAUUGCUCAAGACUUUUAGUGAUGUCCUUUCUAGAUGCCAAUGAUCUUUUCCCAGAAGACUUCCCAAGUACAGUAUGUAGUAGUUUUUGAUUACAAAUGCUGACGUGUACCUUUAUUUUUCAGUUGUCAUUGUUGGGAGAUUUGUCCUUUUACAUUGUUUUGUUAACAUCAGUUUGUGAGUUUGGGGUUGGAAAUUUUCGGUUGGUUGGGGGUUUGGUUUUUUUUAAUGAAAAAGAAAUGACAUCUCCAAGCAUCAUAUCAUCCAAGAAGUUAAAUCCCUUCCCUGUGGAAGGAAAAAUUGCAGCUCAUUGACCACAUGCCAGGAGAAAAAGGUUUUUUAUAUGCACA